GCGGCGCGGGGCCCCGCGCGGCCGCCGUAGGCGGGCGGAGUACGGUGGCCGCAGGGCGGCGGCGGGGACGGGCUCGGCCGGCCGGCGGGCGCGGGGCCGCCAUGGGCAACCUGUUCGGCCGCAAGAAGCAGAGCCGGGUCACCGAGCAGGACAGGGCCAUCCUGCAACUGAAGCAGCAGCGGGACAAGCUGCGGCAGUACCAGCGGAGGGUCACGCAGCAGCUGGAGCGGGAGCGGGCCCUGGCGCGGCAGCUGCUCCGGGAGGGCAGGAAGGAGCGAGCCAAGCUGCUGCUCAAGAAGAAGCGCUACCGGGAGCAGCUCCUGGACCGCACGGAGAACCAGAUCAGCAGCCUGGAGGCCAUGGUGCAGAGCAUCGAGUUCACGCAGAUCGAGAUGAAGGUGAUGGAGGGGCUGCAGGUGGGGAACGAGUGUCUCCACAAGAUGCACCAGGUGAUGUCCAUCGAGGACGUGGAGAGGAUUCUGGACGAGACGCAGGAGGCGGUGGAGUACCAGCGGCAAAUCGAUGAGCUGCUGGCGGGGAGCUUCACGCAGGAGGACGAGGAGGCCAUCCUGGAGGAGCUGGACGCCAUCACUCAGGAACAGAUGGAGCUGCCGGAGGUCCCCUCGGAGCCCCUUCCCGACGUCAACCCAGAAAAAGCCCCCGUCAAAGCCAGGCCCAGGCAGGCAGAGCUGGUGGCAGCCUCGUAACGGGGACCCCUUCCUGGACUCGCGGGGGUCGAGGCUCGGCCCCCGGGCUGGGCCGCGUGGCGGCCCCGACGGGCUCGGGAGGCCGCCCGGGUGACACAUCAGGACGACACCGCCGUCCGCGGACUCGGCGGCCCUGCCCUAAAGAGCACCCGCCGGCGGGCCUGGGUCCUUCGCUUCCUCCCCAGUCUGCGGGAAGGCUACUGGGCGUCCCGGCUCCUGCCGGCGGAAGCGGAAAGGAGUGGCCCGCCCUCCGGGCCCGGCUCAGCGCUCGGACCCCACCUGCCGUGCUUGGGGGCGGCCCGGGGCCGCCUCUGCAGGGUGGAGGACUGGAGCCCACUUCCUCCUGGAACACGCGCGGCCACACGCAGAGAAAGGACACCCCACGCGCGGUGCCCGACCCCGCUCCGCUCCGCUCCGGAAGACCCGCUCCGCGCCCAGGGAGCCCCGGGGCCCCACGGCCGGCCUCCGAGUGACCUCGCGCUCCACGCACUUUCGGGGCCCGCCAGAAACGGGACGCCUCUUCCCUGGGCCGCAGGCAGGCCGCCCCCGUAUUAAAGUUGGCCCCCACAUGGUCUGUGCUUCA